UUCAUAAACUCAAAGAACUUGAUUCUCUAGAACGUUCGUGGACAGAUUAAAACAAUUAACAACGUAUUUAUGAAAAAAAAUAUAUAUUUGUGUAUAUUACAUUUGUAGCAAAAACACAAUAUAUAAUAAUCUCCAACGUAAAUUGUAAACUGGAUUACAUCAAAAAAGCCAAAAUUUAAAAUUAAAUUUCAUAAUUUCUUUUCGCAAAACUAUUCAAAAAAAGUUUAUUAAUAUGAGUGGAAAAGAGAAAGGUAAUCAUGUCUACAAAUUGCUUUGCCCCUAUGAUCCUACUUCUCCACUUAUAAAUGACUAUAAUGCUGGUGAUUUAGUAUGUUCAAAGUGUGGCCUAGUUGUAGGAGAUCGAGUGAUUGACGUCCAUCAAGAAUGGCGUAUGUUUCAUAAUGACGAAAAGUCCGAACAACGCAGUCGUGUCGGUGAUCCGGAAAUUAAUCUACUAGGCAAUAAUAAUCUUUCCACCUCACUUGCCUUCCCAAAAAACUUCAACAGAAAAAUCAAAUCAUCUCUAUUAAAUUCACCGCUAAGCUUUAGUUAUACCGGUAACCGUACCCUACAACCAGCAUUUCGUGCAAUCAAUGAUAUGGCUGAUCGCGUCAAUGCACCAUCUCAUAUCGCUGACCGUGCUUGUGACAUAUACAAACAGGUUCAUGACCUUAAACGUCAUUCAUAUUAUUCGAAUUUUACAAGGGCGGCAUCAUGCUUAUACAUAGCUUGUCGGCAGGAAGGUUCGCCAAGAACAUUAAGGGAAAUAUGUGCAGCUGCUACAGUCGAUAAAAAAGAGCUGGGACGUUGCUAUAUGCUUAUUUUAAAAUUGCUUGGAAUUAGUGCCGGUGGAAUAGAUGGAUCUGACUAUAUGAAUCGUUUCUGUUCCUUUUUAGGUCUUGAUGAAUCGGUGAAAGAUGCAGCAAUACAUAUUUCUGAAAAAACGGUAGAAAUGGAAUUAUGUUCGGGUAGAUCACCAAUAUCCAUUGCUGCUGCUGCAAUUCUAAUGGCUUGCAAAAUUGCAGAUCUUAAUGUUACACAAAAAAGGAUAAGUGAAGUCGCAGGUAUUACAUAUGUUACAGUUAGCGGAUGCUUCAAACUUAUGGUUCCGUAUGCAGAGGAGUUGAUGCCACGAAAUUCUAAAUUUCCAACUCCGACUGGUUAUGAACUGGAAAGGUUACUCGCCAAAAAAGUUAUGUAUGACGAAAAGCCUGGUGAAAUUUUGACAACACAAGAGUCUAUAUUCUCAUCACCAUACGCGGAUAGAGUGGAAAAACUAUUAGCAAAGAACCGAGGUACAGAUCAAUUAUAUGGUAAAGAGCAAGUACCGAUCACCACUAAAAUUCCAAAAACUAAUAUCGAUAAACUGCAAAAACUACUGCAAGAUGAAUAUGGUUCUGCCGAAAGCAAUUCUAAAGACAACGUUGGCAAAUCAGUUGAUACACAAAACGACAAACUACAAGCACAAAAUAUUGGAACUGAUAUAAAAUAUAAUGAAAACUUAAAGACUCAAAACAUGAACUAUUCAACAUUAUACAAAGAGGAGAUGGUAAAGUUGCUUUCACAACAACAACUACAAUUGGGUGUGAAUGAUAAGAGCAUUACGCAAUCAAACACAUUUCAAAAAGAAUAUGCUGAACAUUUGGCUAAAGUACUAAAGCAAAACGGAACUGGUGUAAAGUUGCAAUCGCAGAACACCAUCACUCCAAAGACAACAACUGUGCAAAGAAUCCAGUUCGCGGGAAAAAAGUAUGAAAAUGGGUCAAUGUUUAAUGAGCAGUUAGUAAAACAAACCUGUCAGUGUCCCACACAAUACAAUGAUGAGUUAGCAAAACAAGAGUUAUUGAAGAAGUGGAACUCUGAGGAGAAAACAAAACCUAAGGAGUCCAAAACCAAAUUGCCAUAUGCCGACAUAUUGACGAAAGUAAGAUCAAAAAAAUUCAAUCCAGAAAAUCAAAAUGAUCCAAAUUUGAUAUCGAAAGAAGCUACAAUCUUAAAACGAAGAUCUGACGAAGUAGUUAGGUUCGCUUUGAAAAAAGCA